AGAUCUCGUCGAGGAAUCUUAUCUGGAAUUGUCGGGAUUUGGGGACUACACACAUUUGUUAUUACGUUUAUUCAGUUUUAUUAUUUUGCGCUACGAUUUCACACUAUUAUUAAACAGAGCAGUAAUAUGUCUUUCGUUAUACUAUAUUACUGUAGUUUGCUUUUCAUGAUAACAAGAUCAUCAUGAUAACAGAAUAAUUACCAUCGGUCGCUAAUGCAAAUUUUAUAUUUAAUCUGACAUCGAUCAAUUACUGCUUAUUGAAAUCUUAGUGAGAGGUAUCUAGACCAGAUUUAUACGAACGCAACUGAAUAGAUUUGUAGAGUCCCAAAAUGAUAGUAUAAUAAUUGUUCCUCUAAGUUAACAUAAAUGCAGACAUGAAGCGACUGUUAAGACGUAAUAAUGAAACUUAUAACAGCUGUUAUACUAGUUUUUCUUCUGAUAUUUGUAACGGUGUUUGGUUCAGAGCAAAUAAGCACCGACUACCACGGCCUGUACGGAAUUCCUGAAGCCCAGAGGAUAAGGAACCGAGAGAGAUUGAGCACUCCUGGUUUUAGGCUUAUAGGGGCUGUACCGGUUAAUCUUGGAGACUACCCUUAUUUCGCAGGACUGCUAAUAAAGCUGACAAACGGCGCCACAUCAGUAUGCGGCUCGUCGCUCCUCUCGCACAGCAAGCUGGUGACGGCGGCGCACUGCUGGCGCACGGAGCAGCACCAGGCGCAGCAGCUCACCGUGGUGUUGGCCUCCACGCGCCUGUACUCCGGCGGCACCCGCCUCACCACCACAAGCGUGGAAGUCCACGCCAACUACGUGCCCAGCAGUCUUAGCUAUGACAUCGCGCUGAUCACCAUUAACAGAGUUCAAUUUACCAGCAACAUUCAGCCAAUAGCGCUGGCGACCGGCGAUCAAGAUUACGUAGGCACGUGGGCGAGGGCGGCUGGCUUCGGGAAGACAAGCGACUCGCAGCAGUACAUAGCCCGCAGCAGCUACCUGGGCCACGUGUCGCUGCGGGUGAUCAGCAACGCGGAGUGCCUGCGGACCUUCGCACCGCGCUUCGUGCUGUCCACCACGCUGUGUACCAGUGGUACUGAAGGGCUUGGCACCUGCGCCGGGGAUUCUGGUGGACCGCUUGUUAUUGGCAGCAAGGGAAAUGCUACUCUGAUCGGCAUAACGUCGUUCGGGUCGGUGCGCGGCUGCGAGCUGAAGCUCCCGUCCGGCUUCUCCAGAAUUACCGCUUUCUACUCCUGGAUACAGAACCGCUUGUGAUUCCCAAUGUGCCUGAAAUCAAUCACUAGUUACGGCCCAUCUAUACUUUCGUCGCUCAAUUUUAGCUUAUUUUUAU